AACACCAGUCCCAUGUCAGUAGUGCAGAGGCUGCGACACGGACCAGUAUUGAUUUGUGUCUGUGCACGCAGUAGUGAAUGGUUUAUCGGUUUGCAAUUUUACAAAACUGUGAAUUCGCGAAUCUACCCGAUCCCACCUUCCAGUUUAUUUAACCGCUGACCUAAUAAGAGCUAAGCAAGAUUGCAAAAAAUGGCAUCUGACGCUUGUCUAGACGAUAUGCUGAGUUCCAUCGGCUAUGGCCAAUGGCAAGUUCCCGUUUUGGUGUUGAAUAUUCUUACUCAUUUGGUUAUACCCAUCCACAUGAUGGGGUCAGCUCUUCUAGGCGCUCCUGUUGCAUUCAAGUGUGCACCUGAUUUUUCCUUUCUUCAGAAUUCGUCAAAUUUCUCUUCGUUAAGUUCCUGGCCGUCUAACCUAACAUCUACCGACCCUACAAUCAAUAGGAGCUCCGCAGACCUCCUCUACGACAGCAAGUGCUUAGAUCCUAGGGCGCCCUCUCCAGAAACAAUUAGUCUUCCGGUCAAUGCCGAGGUAUCAGAGGUCACAUGGCGUCCCACUGAAUUGCCCUCUUGCCCUUGGGUGACCUAUGACGACUCCGUCUUCGUGUCGACUGUGAUAACAGAGUGGGACUUGAUCUGCGAGAAGGAGAUGAUGAGACCCUUGUUCCAAAUGAUGUACUCAAUUGGAGCUUUGUUUGGGUCCUUAUUAGGGGGCCAGAUGAGUGACAGCUUCGGGCGUAAAAUAGCCAUCCAGGUGGGAGUGGUCCUCAACGUGAUCGGAGUCGUCACACUGUACACAGUGCCUGUGUAUUCCGGAGCCCUCAUUGCCCGAGCUGCUUUUAGGGGGCGCCUGCAACUUCAUGGUGCUUCCAGCCUUUAGCUUGGCCCUAGAAAUCUCGUCUCCGAAGUAUCGAACGGUCAUUGGCAUGUUGCUGGGCACCUCCUUCUCCAUGGCCAUCAUCCUCAUGGCUGGACUGGGAUUCUUCAUCAGGGUAUGGGAUCAACUGAUGAUUCUGACUGCUGGUGUGCCCCUCAUCGUCUUGGUUCCUCUAUCAUUCUACAUCAACGAGUCCCCAAGAUGGCUGAUUCACCACGGCCGAGGCACAGAAGCUGCGAACAUCAUGACCAGAGCCGUGGCCGAAAACAAAGUGGCAUUUAACGAAACACUUGCUGCAGACAUUGAAGGGCUCAAAGAGAGGACAAACGACAACAAAAAGAAAACCAAAGAGGAGGAGCAGCAGCAGCAUCCAAGGAAAGGUUUGUCUCUCUGGCUCAAAAGAUCUUAUCAGGGGGCAUCUGCCUACUGCCGGUCCGGUCCCCUGAGGAUCAUCUUAUUCAUCACUCCACUCAUUUGGAUCCUACAGGGAUGCUUGUACCUUGGGAUCAUACUCAACGCCAAUAAUUUCACCAGCAACGAUCCAAUCAUCUACGUCACGGUGUCGGGGGUCAUGGACAUCAGUGCGAUUCUGCUGGCCACGCCCUUGAGUAUGAGAUUAGGGCGCCGCGUACUCUGCUUCUUUUGCUUCUUCGCCGCCGGCGUGUUCCUCAUUAUAGAUCUGUUCAUACCUCAAGCACUUCUGUGGUUGAAGUUUACGUUUGUCAUGGCUGCCUUGAUGCUUCUCGCAGCCAGUUUUCAAGUGAUCUUCCUGUACACAACAGAGCUAUUUCCAACUGGGAUGAGAUCGCGAGGCUUCGCUCUAGCAAAUCUAGCAGGCAACAUCGGAUUCUUGGUUGCUCCCAUGAUCACCGAUUUCCUGUCUCAAAUAGCGCCGUGGUCCGUGAGUUUAACCUUUGGCGUGGGAGGCAUAGCGGCUAGCUCUCUUUUCCUGCUCUUGCCGGAGACUCUUCACAGACCGCUUCCAGAGACAAUCCUGGACGUCGAGAAAAGGCAUCUGAGCACCAGAAUCAGCUGCAGGUGGUGGAAAAGGACCACAGACUCGCUGGACGACUCCUCAGAAAUCGAAACUGGGGAAUCCGAAGCCCUCAAUCCUACAGAAAUAUGCACAGAGAAAUCAAUCAACGGAGAUUCUAAAUAAGCGUUUUCUGAGGAGUUUGAGGGAUCACUCCAGUGCCUUCUGUGUCUAAAGCUCAAGAAUUGGCGUGCUAUGAUAGACGAAAUCACCACAUCCU